GCUUUAUAGGAUGGUGCAAAUGUUGGUAACCGUGCCGAAGAUACUCACCACCCAAAGCAUCAGACACCCUCCAUUUUAAUCUUCAGUCACAGCAGUAGCUCCCACAGGGAUUUCUCUACAGGUGCUUUGGCAAUGUCUCCGCUUUAUUGAAAGAAAGGAUUCUGCUCCUUGCUUUGCUGUUAUCCUUAGGACAUGUGGGACCAGCUUGAAGUUCAAACAGAGCCCUUUUGCUCAAGCCAAGAAGCGGAACAUUAAGGAACUUGUCUACACUGCUGACUGCAGGGUUGCACAGACCUGUUUUUGACAGUAGGAGAAGACCAAAGGCUUUUUAAUCUGUGGCUGCACUUAUCGCCUCUGUGCGCACAGGUAUUUUUGUUGUUCCCCCACAAUUCCCUGCAAGGUAAAAGUAGCAGGGAGGUCAUGCUGGGGCUUGUUUGAAGUUCCCCCCACCCUCUAACUCUGUUUCUGUCUCUCACAAGUCAAAGGUGAGGGAUUAUGCUUGCUUUUGGAAUGUGGCCUGGAGGUGAAAAACUCAGAGAGCGUCUGUGUUAGAUAGAGUGCUUAAGUUGGCGAGAACAAGCUUGCAGAGGUGUGUCCACGAUUAAAAAAAUGGGAAUCCUAAAAAUAAGUUCACAUUUUAUCCACUGAGACCAAGUUAGUAAAACACUGUACAUAGUUGCUGUUUACAAAGAAUGGGACUACAGGAGGAGGUCCAGACUCUCAUGCCUUCAGGGCGGGCUGAGAAGAGAGGAGAGGAUGAGUUCAUAGCUGUAAAGAGCAACGUGGGAGAGGAAGACGACGACAACGAAAGACAAGCGAAUCAGAGGGAGGAGCGUCAAGAGAGCCCAGGGCAGAGGAGGAGCGCAGCUGGAAAGCUCAACAGGUGGCUUUACCUGAGCAGCACAGGGAACAGGGGGUGGAGGAAAGGGGAAGUUCUCGGAAUGAGGACAGACCGGUUACCUAUCCUCCGGGACAACUGUACGCAACAAUCGUCUGCGGAACACUUUGACUUUGCUGGGGUAGAGAAAGCUUUGGAGCUCCGUACUGGUGUUUGCCACAUUCCCUUUAAGGAACUAAUUUGCAAUGCUGUUUCUGUGGAGAAUGCAACAGAAUCUCAUGUGGUGGUCUUGCAAAGGCCCGCACAUGGGCUUCGGCUCCUGGGCAGCAGAAGAGCGAUGAGCAUGUUUGUCUUCCCAGACAACAACAGGAGACAGCAAACCACAUCAACCAACCACCAAGACAGUUCUACAAGACCUCACAGUUUUUGCAUGUUGGAAGCAACCAACUCUAAACAAGUUAUUUUGCCUACCUCUGCUUCCACUAAUCAUGGUUUUCCAGAUGUGGUCCAGCGGUGUAGGACAAGGCGAGCUGAGCUGCGUGCCAUCGAUGGUUUAAAACCUGACAUGCCGCCAUCUGCCAGCCUGUUACCUCUUCGUCUAGAAGAACCGCCAAUCCGACGGACUUUGAAAAGCAGGAGCAAACCAAGGCCUGUUAGCAUGACUGUUCUUGAGCUUUAUAAAGAGCGUAGUGGAUCUCGGGAUGAGCUUGCAAGCCAUACUGGCACCGGUAGUUUGCCUCGUCCAGGAUUCCGGUGGAAAUGGUUUGGUCGACAGGCAACUGGAAAAGAAAUGGGGGUGACACAAAUUUCAGCAAAGCUGAAGGAAUCUAACAAAGAAGAAGCACCCAAAAAAAUGUUCGGAUCGCUGAGAAGGAGUUUGAGCCUCCGGAUGAGACGAAAUCGUAAUCAACCUGAGCAUGAGGACAGAACUGAGCUGAGACGCACUGCAAGUAUUGGAGAAAAAUCUAUGCAAAGCACUCGCCCAUUCUCGUACCUUACUGGCAGGACGUUAGCACCAGCAUGUGAGCAAGAUGAGGACCAAGGGGCCACACAAUACAUACAGUACCAAACACAGGGCAAAGUAGCAGUCUUGGAGGUUCCUCUUCGACCUGCCAAAUUAACCAAGCCCACUAAACAAAUGCAGCCAGAGACUAGUUUUUGGCAGCUAAUUGCUAGUCGUUUUAAGAGGAAGGAGCCGUUGUCCAGCAACAAAUCUGAGCUGAGCACUGGAAGCCAAGCAGUUGGCAGCCAUCCCCCUGUGAGAAAUAAAAAGCCAGAUUCUGUUGCUAUAGAGACUCUAGCUGGCAUUGGUUUCCGCAAAGGUCAAGAUUCCUUCGUCAACAGUCAGGAGUGGACAUUGAGUCGAUCAGUACCAGAGCUCAAAGUGGGCAUCGUGGGAAACCUGUCCAGUGGGAAGUCGGCAUUAGUUCACCGGUAUCUGACAGGAACAUAUGUCCAGGAGGAGUCGCCUGAGGGAGGGAGGUUUAAAAAGGAGAUUGUGGUGGAUGGCCAGAGUUAUCUACUGCUGAUCAGAGAUGAAGGAGGUCCACCAGAACUACAGUUUGCGGCCUGGGUGGAUGCAGUAGUGUUCGUCUUCAGCCUGGAGGAUGAGAUCAGCUUCCAGACGGUUUAUAACUACUUCCUGCGUCUUUCUAGCUACAGGAACGCAGCGGAGGUUCCCAUGGUGCUGGUGGGGACGCAGGAUGCCAUCAGCGCUGCUAACCCCAGAGUGAUAGAUGACGCUCGAGCUCGCAAACUGUCCAAUGACCUGAAACGCUCCACAUAUUAUGAGACGUGCUCCACCUACGGGCUGAACGUAGAGAGAGUCUUUCAAGACGUUGCCCAGAAGGUGGUGGCGCUGAGGAAAAAACAGCAGCUUUCUAUUGGUCCAUGUAAAUCUCUGCCCAACUCUCCUAGCCACUCGUCUGUCCCAGCUGCAUCCAUCCCGUCUGUACACAUCAACCAGGCUGCUAACGGAGGAGGCGCGUUCAGCGAUUACUCCUCCUCGGUUCCCUCCACCCCCAGCAUAAGCCAGAGGGAGAUGCGCAUCGAGACCGUCGCCGCCUCCAACACUCCUACGCCCAUCCGCAAGCAGUCCAAGCGACGCUCCAACAUCUUCACAUCACGGAAAGCCAGUGAUCAGACAAAGAGCAUUGAGAGUAAAACUGACAGUAUAGGCAGUGGAAGGGCCAUACCCAUCAAGCAGGGGAUUUUGUUAAAAAGAAGCGGGAAGUCUCUCAAUAAGGAGUGGAAGAAGAAAUAUGUGACUUUGUGUGACAACGGUCUGCUCACGUACCACCCCAGUUUACACGACUACAUGCAGAAUGUUCAUGGUAAAGAGAUCGAUCUGCUGCGGACGACGGUGAAGGUGCCAGGGAAGAGACCGCCUAGAGCAGUGGCUACAGUCGCCCCUACAGCCAGUCCAAAAACCAACGGCCUGACCAAAGACCGCAGCACUUUACAACUCGGCAUCGGAGCCACAAGCACUCCUCACUCAAACAGCAGCAGUUCCCUUCAGUCCGGGGGUUCGACGGCUGGUGUGGCUUUAGGAACUAAUAAGGAAGGAAUGCACCAGCGCUCAUUCUCCGUGUCCAGUGCUGAACAGUGGAACGAGGCAGUUAUCAGCACCACAUCAGCCAAUGGCGUGUCGGAUCCUCUUAGCUCCGCCUCUGGCAUGAGCAGCGCCACCAGUCCCAAACUCGAGCCUCCACCAUCACCUCACGCCAACCGCAAAAAACACCGGCGGAAAAAGAGCACGGGCAUCACCAAACCAGACAGCCUUUCUGCAGGGAGUGAAGAGCCGGAGGAGUCAUUUGAGUUCAUCAUUGUGUCUCUGACGGGUCAGAUGUGGCACUUCGAGGCGUCCACCUUCGAGGAGCGAGAGCUGUGGGUUCAGGCCAUCGAGAGCCAGAUACUGGCCAGCCUGCAGUCCUGCGAGAGCAGCAAGAACAAGUCUCGAUUAGGCAGUCAGAGCGACGCGCUGGCCAUUCAAUCCAUCAGAAACGUCAGAGGAAACAGCUUCUGUGCAGACUGUGAUGCUCCCAAUCCGGAUUGGGCGAGUCUGAAUCUGGGUGCUUUGAUCUGCAUCGAGUGCUCCGGGAUGCACAGGAACCUGGGUACUCAUCUGUCCCGCGUGCGCUCUCUGGAUCUGGACGACUGGCCUGUGGAGCUCAGCAUGGUGAUGACGGCCAUCGGGAACGCAAUGGCCAACAGCGUCUGGGAGGCCUGUGUGGAUGGAUACAACAAACCUGGAGUGGACAGCACCAGGGAGGAGAAGGAGCGCUGGAUCCGGGCAAAGUAUGAGCAGAAGCUGUUUGUGGUGGCUCUGCCUCAGUCAGACGUGCCGCUGGGACAGCAACUCCUGCGGGCCGUGGUGGAGGACGACCUGCGGCUGGUGGUGCUCCUGCUGGCCCACGGCACCAAAGAAGAGGUCAACGAGACCUACGGGGAUGGAGACGGACGCACAGCCCUGCACCUGUCCUGCGCCAUGGCUAAUGUGGUUAUCACACAGCUGCUUAUCUGGUACGGUGUGGACGUGAAGAGUCGUGACGCACGCGGUCAGACACCUCUGUCUUACGCCCAGCGAGCAGGCAGUCAGGAGUGCGCCGACAUCCUGAUCCAACACGGCUGUCCUGCUGAAGGUGGCGCUUUAUCCACACCCACAGCCACACGACACAAUCCCAACAUCAACAACAACAACGGCCAGUGUGCAGAGCUCAAUCGCAGCCUCAGCAUCAUGUAAACCCGUCUCUUCUUAAAAAUACAGCUGCUGCUCGCCGAAAAACCACAUGACUUCCCCUCAUCGUGACGUCAGAUUUUAGGAAACGUAGUGUCAUUUGUAUCAUGUAAAUCCGUCAUGACUUUAAUGUUAGCGUACAGCGAGAAUUAGCAGUGUUAACAUGAUCAAAGCGUGUGUUUUUCUUACUUUGACUAUUCUUAAGUGGAUGUCGAGAGGAAAAGUGAUCAAAUGACGGACGACACAUUGUUUUAAUAUUAGUUUCUUCAUGCACAUGUGCUUUUCUACAUCAGAAGAUUCCGUUCUGAUAGUUUAACCAAAAAUAGGAUCAUUAUUUACACUCACAAAGACUAUAAGUCUUUUCUUCUUUUUAGGUUUGCGCGACUUGUUUCUUCUGUGGAAAACAAUUGAAAGUAUUUUCCAUCCUGGUUCCCAUUGACUUCAGUCAGUGGAAAUCGGGAUGGUUUGCUUUUGAACAUUCUUUAAAAUAUCUUCUUUUUUGUUUGACGUAACAAACAGAAUGUCGUACAGAUUUGGAACGACGUGAGGAAGAGUAUUUUGAUUUAAUCUUUUAAAUGAAAGAUUUAUAAGCUUUUUUUUUCCUUCGGACUUUAUUCUUCACUUUUUUAAGUUUAUACCUUGAAAUUCUGUCUUUUUUUACGAUUUUAAAAAUAUAGACUUCUGAAAUAUAGAAAUGGAAAUAUAGAAUUCUGAGAACAAAAUCUGAAGUUCAGACAUAUUCAAAAGUCUAUGUAAACUCUAAUUUGUAAAAUAUAAAUUCACAAUCUAAUUCAACAUGAACAGUGAACAUGAGAGUUGCGAGAAAAAAGCCAAAAAAAUAAAAAAAUUACAUAUUAAUUCUGACGAAGCUUCAAAAAUGUGCUUAUUUCACUAUAAUUACUUUAAGGUUUGAAUUAGGGAUAAUAAUUUAGUUUAAUGCAAUACAAGAUAUUGUAUUGUGCUAACAAGAGUCUUCUUGCAAGAAAUACACAAAAAAAAAUAUUCCAAAUUGCAUUAAAGAAAUGAAUAAAAGCAAAACAAAUACAAAAUGAUACAAAAAUAUCUUAAUGGUUUUAAAAAAAAUUAUUUCUAAAAUAUUUGUAACAUUUUAGAUAAUUGCUGUUCAACAUUUACUCAUGACUAAUCGCAUACAAAUAAAUAAUAAUUACCCAUAAAAAUUGCAAACUUUUAUUUUGAAUGCGAUUAGUCACGAUUAUUCGUUAAACAGCACCCCUCACCCCUCUAUCCCAAAUAACGAUGUAUUUUGAAUGCGAUUAGUCAUGAUUAAUCGUUAAACAGCACAGUUUUUUCCCUUAAACGAUGAUGGAUUUAGAAGGCGAUUAUUCAGGAUUAAAAAUUAAACAACACAAAAAAACAAAAAACGAAUGACGAUGGAUUUUUGAAUCAGACUGGUCAUGAAUAAUCAUUAAACAAAAAAAAAUGAAUGACGAUGUAUUUUGAAUCAGACUGGUCAUAAAUAAUCAUUAAACAAAAAAAAAAAUGAAUGACGAUGUAUUUUGAAUCAGACUGGUCAUGAAUAAUCAUUAAACAAAAAAAAAAUGCGAAUGACGAUGUAUUUUGAAUCCGAUUAGUCAUUAAACACCAGUCAUUUUUUCUUGCCAAAUGACUGUGUUUUGAAUGCAAUAAGCAACGUUUAAUUGUUAAACUACACACACAAAAAUCCAGAAUCGAAAUGUAUUUCAAAUGUGAUUAGAUGUGAUUAAUCGUUAAACAACAUUUUUUCCCCAAAUUAUGUAUUUUGAAUGCGAUUAGUUAUGAUUAAUCGUUAAACAACACUAUUUCUUCCCCUGAAUGAUGUAUUUUAAAUGCGAUUAGUCUCGAUUAAUUGUUAAACAACACAAUUUUUUCCUGGAUUGAUGAUGUAUUUUAAAUGCGUUUAGUCAUAAUUAAUCAACAGACAACAUUAAUUUCCCCCCUAAAUAAUGAUGUUUUUAAUUAAUCGUUAAACAACACAACUUUUUUUCCCCGAAUGAUGAUGUAUUUUGGAUGCGAAUACUCAUGAUUAUUCAUCAAACAACACAGUUUUUUCCCCAGAAUGAUGAUGUAUUUUGAAUAUGAUUACUCACAAUUAAUUGUUAAACAACACAAAAAACUACAAAUUACGAUGUAUUUUAAAUGCAAUUAGUCAUGAUCAAUUGUUAAACGACACAAAUUUUUUCCCGUAAUGAUAAUGCAUUUUGAAUGCGAUUAGUCACGAAUAAUUGUCAGGCAACACAAAUUUUUCCCCCUGAAUGAUGGUGUUUUGAAUGCAAUUAGUCACGAUUAAUCGUUAAAAAACAAAACUUUCCCACCAAAUUAUGUAUUUUAAUUGAAAUUAGUCACAAUUAAUCGUCAAACAACACAAUUUUUUUUUCCAGAAGGAUGAUGUAUUUUGAAUAUGAUUACUCACAAUUAAUUGUUAAACAACACAAAAAACUACAAAUUACGAUGUAUUUUAAAUGCAAUUAGUCAUGAUCAAUUGUUAAACGACACAAAUUUUUUCCCGUAAUGAUAAUGCAUUUUGAAUGAGAUUAGUCACGAAUAAUUGUCAGGCAACACAAAUUUUUCCCCCUGAAUGAUGGUGUUUUGAAUGCAAUUAGUCACGAUUAAUCGUUAAAAAACAAAAAAAUUCCCCACCAAAUGAUGUAUUUUAAAUAAAAUUAGUCAUGAUUAAUCGUCUUUUUUUUCCCCAGAAGGAUGAUGUAUUUUGAAUGUGAUUAGUCACGAUUAAUCGUUAAACUAAAAAAAUCUAAAUUACAAUUUAUUUUGAUUGAGAUUAGUUGCGAUUCAAAAAAAUCUCCUGAAUGAUGAUGUACUUAGAAUGCAAUUAAUCUGUAAACAACACACAAAAAAAAUAUUCCGAAUUACGAUGUUUUCAGUAUGAUUAUUCACGAUUAAUUGUUAAACAACACAAAAAAUGCUAAUUACAAUGUAUUUUUAUGCGAUUUGUCAUGGUUAAUUAUUAAACAACACAAAAUGGGAAUUGCAAUGUAUUUUGAAUGCAAUUAGUCAUGAUUAAUCGUUAAAAAACACAAAUUUUUGUUUUUUUAAUUGAACAUUUAGGUGCACAAUUCACCCUUUUUUAAUAGUUACCACCACUGUGCCCUUGAACCAAGCUCAGAAACAUAAAGGCUGCUGGGUAACGCAUUACCGUUUGUGUAGCAUUAGUUACCAAAACCCAAAUCAUCUCACCCUUUUGCGUUCUACGUUUAUCCUUUACAUGACUGUCCUGCAAAGGCUUAAUCGCCUGAUGAAUACUGUGUUAUA